AUGUCGGGUUGCCUGCGGGCCUCUCGGGUGCUGCUGGUGGGCAUGAAAGGCCUGGGAGCGGAAGUGGCCAAGAACCUCAUCCUGGCGGGGGUCAAGGCCCUGACCGUGCUCGAUCAUCAGCAGGUGUCGCCAGAAGAUACCCAGACGCAGUUCCUGAUCCCCUUGGGCUCUGCGGGCAAGAACAGGGCCGAGGCCUCCCUGGAGCGGGCUCGGGACCUGAACCCCAUGGUGGACGUGAAAGCAGACCAGGAGAACGUGGAACAGAAGCCGGAGGAGUUCUUCACCCAUUUUGACGUGGUCUGUCUGACAUGCUGCUCCCAGGAAGUCCUGAUGAAGGUUGACCAAAUCUGUCACAAAAAUGGCAUCAAAUUCUUCGCAGGCGACGUCUUUGGCUACCACGGUUACACGUUUGCCGACCUGGGUGAACACGACUUUGUGGAAGAGAAGACCAAACCGGCCAGAGCCAGCCAGCCGGUGGAGGACGGGCCAGACGCCAAGAAGGCCAAGCUGGACCUCGUGGAGACCACCAUGGUGAAGAAGCGCAUGGCUUUCUGCCCCUGGGAGGAGGCGUUCGGCCUCAGCGGGAGCACCGAGAAGGACCAGGGCACCCUGAAGCCCACCGCCCCGGACUACUUCCUGCUGCAAGUACUCCUGAAAUUCCGGUCAGAAAAGGGUCGGGACCCUUCGCCUCAGGGCUACGCCGAAGACGCAGAGACGCUCCUGCAGACGCGCACAGGUGUGCUGGAGUCCCUGGGCGUCGGCACUGACCUGCUCCCUGACGACUUUGCCAGCUGCUGCUUCUCGGAAAUGGCCUCCGUCUGUGCUGUGGUCGGAGGGGUGCUGGGGCAGGAGAUCGUCAAGGCUCUGUCGCAGCGGGACGCCCCCCUCAACAACUUCUUCUUCUUCGAUGGCAUGAAGGGCAGCGGGGUUGUGGAGCGCCUGGCCCCCAGCUGACAUCCACACGCACACACACACCCCUCUGGUCUGCACGGAGUGGCUCCCUGCAGGGGCCCCCCUCGCUCCGCCUGCCUGCAGCCCCUCCCUCCCCUGGGGAGGGGGUGGGGGUGGCAGAGGGCCUGGCGGGCUUGCCGGGGCUGAGCCACCAGGGCCCCCCCCCCCCUUGGGCAGGUUGUCUCUUUCGUCCCAGUUCCCCAAUAAACUCUGGCCUUUUUGU